UCUUCUACUAUAACACAACACAGUAAUCUCUCAUUUUUUCCAAAAAUCUCUUCCACACUUUUUUUCAUGGCUUCCCUCAAUCUCCUUCUUCACCCCUCAACUUCUCUCUCUCACCCCCUACUACCAUUUUCUUCUUCAUGUUCUUGUUUCUUUCCAAGAACCAACAGCAUCAAUGUUCUUACUCCAAAGGGUAAACAUAUCAAGCCUUCAUCCCUUAUUGUAAAAGCUGCUGCUGAAGCUGAUAUUUCAAUCUCUGGCUCUAUUCCAAUUCCUUCUAAUCCUUUUGAUUCUACUUCCCCCUUGAAGUUCAAUCUUCUGAGUGCUGUUUCUGGGUUAAAUAGAGGUCUUGCAGCAAGUGAAGAAGACCUACAAAAGGCAGACGCUGCGGCUAAGGAACUUGAAGAUGCUGGAGGGUUAGUAGACCUCACAGAUAACCUUGAUAGGUUGCAAGGAAGAUGGAAACUUAUAUAUAGCAGCGCGUUCUCCUCCCGUACUCUAGGUGGGAGCCGUCCUGGACCUCCCAUAGGAAGGCUCCUUCCUAUAACUCUUGGACAGGUUUUUCAACGAAUUGACAUCUUAAGCAAGGAUUUUGAUAAUAUAGUGGAUCUUCAGUUGGGUGCUCCAUGGCCUCUACCACCCCUUGAAGUAACUGCCACAUUAGCUCACAAAUUUGAGCUCGUAGGAUCGUCGAAGAUCAAGAUAAUAUUUGAGAAAACCACAGUGAAGACAACUGGGACUUUUUCACAGUUGCCGCCUCUAGAUUUGCCUCAAAUUCCAGAUGCAUUGAGGCCACAAUCUAAUAGAGGAAGUGGUGAUUUUGAAGUUACAUAUCUUGACGCGGAUACUCGCGUCACCAGAGGAGAUAGAGGCGAGCUAAGGGUCUUUGUGAUUGCAUAAGUGACAAUGCUUUUUAUGAUAGUAUUGUCUUGCUAAAUGUUGUUCAAUAUUGUAACAUUGAUAUAGCCAACCCACACUAUGGAGCUCCUAGGGUUUUUUGUUUAAGUGUAACAUAUUUAACCUUAAAGGAAUAUUUGUUUAUAGAUAAUUACAUAUGGUUGAUAAUAUACACCCUUGAGAUAACUCCUUUUCAGUUUUA